AUGUCAAUCUUGACAAAAUUAAAUUUGCGUUUUCUUACCAUUCCAUCAUCAUCAUCGUUUCUAAGAGCUUUAUCAACCAGUAAUGCGUUAAAUUCAGAAAGAAAGAAGAUCAUUUUAAAAGAUGAGGAUUUAAUUGAGACUUUUGUUAAGGGGUCUGGUCCUGGAGGACAAUGUAUUAAUAAACGUUCAACAUGUGUUGAUUUACGUCAUAUACCUACAGGUAUAAGAGUGCAGUGCCAACAGUCAAGAUCUCUAGCGGAUAAUAGAGGUAUUGCUCGCAAGUUACUUCGAGAAAAAUUAGAUGAACUUAUAAACGGGCUGUUAAGUAAAAAUGCACAAAAAGCAACCAAAAUAGCAAAGCAAAAAGCACGUAGAGCAAGACGUGCAAAAGCAAAAUAUUCGAAAAAAGAAGAUAAUGAUACUAAUAUUGAAUCUACAACAGAUGAAUAA